AUCUUCCUUUUCGCCCUUGCGUCGUUCGCUUUCCUGAAGAACAAGAAGAAGGGCUCGGGCGUCGCCGUCGCCGUCGCCACCGCUUCCGUUUCUGGACGCCACGUUUCUCAGCCACCACAACAGAACGAUCCGGUCGAAGGUGAAAUGUCGAUAUGGCCCUCAUCGCCGCUCGCACGCGCGCUCGUUGUAUCCUACGGGCCUUGGUUCCACUGAGUCCGAGUGGACCGCGUCGGCCUGGCCCUGAACUCGGUCCCUUGACUCGCUUCUUCUCCACUAAGCCUUGCCUCUGCUACUCUUCUUGUUGUUGAUGUUGCUUUGCUGAUCCCCCACAAUCCAACCCAAAAAACCACCUUCUUCCCGUUCUUAACGCAACAGUCAUCGCGCUUCUCGUCACCUUCUUCUUUCUUCUGCUUAGAAGAAAAGGAGGAACAAACAAAGCUCAUCCUUUGCCUCUGCUCUUCUCCCAGAUCAGCGGGAUCAACACCACCAACAGCAGCAGCGAGUCAUGAUGGAAGAAACAGAGCACAACACCUCCGACGGCAACGUCGCAGCGAUGCCGGUGGAGGACUGGCUCUCCCGCGCCCGCCUCCUCGUCCCCACCGCCCUCGAGAAGGCCCGGUCCGCCAGGGGCUUCGCCGGGCGAUGGAAGUCCAUCGCCUCCAAGAUCGAGCGCGUGCCCACCUGCCUCUCCGACCUCUCCACCCACCCCUGCUUCGCCCGCCACGCCCUCUGCCGCGAGCUCCUCGAGUCCGUCGCCGCCACCCUGUCCGAGGCCGUCGAAUUGGCCGACCGCUGCUGCGGCGGUGACGGCGGCAAGCUCCGGAUGCAGAGCGACCUCGACGCGCUGUCAGGAAAGCUGGACCUCAAUCUCCGUGACUGCGGACUCCUCGUCAAGACCGGCGUCCUCGGCGAGGCAGGCCCCCCUCCGGCCUCCACCCCCGCUCGGCCAGGCGACGCGGAGUUCUCCAGGUCGAAACUCUGCGAGCUUCUCGCCCGUCUCCAGAUCGGGCACGCCGAGGCGAAGCACCGGGCCUUGGAUGGGCUGUUGGAGGCGAUGAGGGAGGACGGCAAGAGUGUGAUGGCGGUCUUGUGCCGAAGCAACGUCUCCGCCCUCGUACACCUAUUGACCGCGUCCUCCCCCAAGGUCCGCGAGAAGGCCGCCACCGCGGUAUACUCGCUCACCGAGUCGGAAAACUGCGGGAAUCUGCUGGUCUCCGAAGGGGUGCUGCCGCCGCUGAUCCGGCUUCUGGAAUCCGGUAGCCUAGUCGCCCGAGAGAAGGCGGUGAUCUCGCUUCAGAGGUUGUCGAUUUCCGCCGACACCGCCCGCUCCAUCGCCGGCCACGGUGGGAUCCUCCCUCUCAUCGAAGUCUGUCAGGUCGGCGACUCCACCUCCCAGUCGGCAGCUGCGGGUGCGCUGAAGAACCUGUCGGCGGUGCCCGAGGUGAGGCAGAGCCUGGCGGACGAGGGAGUCGUCCGUGUCAUGAUCAACCUGCUCGACUGCAGUGUGGUGUCAGGAUCGAAGGCGCACGCCGCCGGGUGUCUGCAGCAGUUAACAUCAAGCAACGAGAGCCUGAGGAGGUGGGUGGUGUCGGAGGGAGGGGUUCGGAGCCUCCUGGCGUACAUCGACGGACCCUCGCCACAGGAGGCAGCAGUGGGCGCAUUGAAGAACCUGGUGUGCUCCGCGCCCAUGGAUCGUCUGAUCUCACUCGGCCUGCUUCCUCGCCUAGUACACGCGCUGAAAGAUGGAUCCCCGGGGGCACAGCAGGCGGCGGCAGCCGCCAUCUGCAAGAUCACAAGCUCGGCGGAGGCGAAGAGAACGGUCGGAGAAUCCGGUUGCACGCCCUUGCUGGUGAAGAUGCUGGAUGCCAAGAGCAACGGCGCGAGGGAAGCGGCGGCACAAGCCAUGGCCAGCCUGAUGACCCACCCGCACAACGCGAGGGAGGCCAAGAAGGAGGAGAAGGGCGUGGCGAACCUGGUCCGGUUGCUCGACCCCACCCCACAGAACACGGCGAAGAAGUACGCGGUGGCUUGCCUGCUGAUCCUGUCGUCCAGCAAGCGGUGCAAGAAGAUGAUGGUGUCGCACGGAGGGAUCGGGUAUCUGAAGAAGCUGGCGGAAGUGGAUGUUCCAGGAGCGAGGAAGUUGCUCGAGCGACUGCAACGGGGGAGGCUUCGGAGCUUGCUGUUCGCCAGGAGAUAGGCUGCGAGCUCUCUCUCUCUCUCUCCAUGUUUCAGUGUCUCUCUGAAACAUCGAGGACUACCGACUGCAACAAGAAGCCAGUGAUAGAUUUGUCGGCUCUUCUUUAUCGGUUUGAUGUCUCUGCUGCUGAUGAUUUCAUGCCUUGUGAUUGAUUUCGUAGGAACAGUUGAAAUGACGAGAAAGAUCUCUCCAUCCAUCUUGUGUCCCCUUCGUACGACCAAAAGCUUAGAAUCCAACAAUUCCGGUCA